ACAGCAGCGGCAACCACUGUGGAAAACAGCUGUUGUUAUUUUGAUUGAACUGCGGCGUGCUAGUUAUACGGAUUGAACAGCGGUUACGUGCAUCGGUUCUGCUGACUAUGAGAAGUAUUCUAGCUACAUUUUGGCGGCAAUGCGAUGCAGCCACUCCACAAAGGCUGUCCAUCGUAUUGACUGCUGUUGCCGGUAGCCGGUACCCCAACUGCAACGGGGGCGGCAGUCACCGUCUAUUUGCUAGCAAUAUUAAAGACAAUCGGAAACCAAAUUCUAGUGAACGUGAGCGGCCACACUGUAAUGUGGGCACAAUUGGGCAUGUGGAUCACGGCAAGACGACGCUAACGGCGGCAAUCACCAAAAUCCAAUCCAAUAAGGGUCUGGCCGAUUACAUGUCCUACGAGCAAAUCGAUCGUGCGCCCGAGGAGAAGGCGCGCGGCAUCACCAUUAAUGCCUGUCACAUUGGCUACGCAACUGAGGAUCGCACCUACGCACAUACUGACUGUCCGGGUCAUGCGGAUUACAUUAAGAACAUGAUUUCGGGCGCCUCGCAAAUGGAUGGCGCUAUUUUAGUUGUGGCCGCCACGGAUGGACAAAUGCCGCAAACACGAGAGCAUUUGCUAUUAGCCAAGCAGGUGGGCAUACAGCGCAUUGUGGUGUUCAUUAACAAGGCGGAUCUGGUCGAUCAAGAGGUGCUUGAACUGGUUGAGAUUGAGAUGCGUGAAAUGUUGACGGAUUUUGGCUUUGAUGGCGUCAACAGUCCAGUGAUUUGUGGCUCUGCAUUACUGGCCCUACGCGGGGAUCAGUCAAAGUUUGGUGUGCCCGCCAUCGAGGAGCUUCUGAAGCACUGCGACAAGUAUAUACCGACACCCCAGCGAGAUGUCAAAGCACCUUUUAUUCUGCCCAUUGACAAUGCAUUUACUGUGCCCGGACGUGGAACUGUUGUCGUUGGCACCAUCAAGCGCGGCACCAUACCGCGCAAUGCGGAUGCGGAUCUCUUGGGAUUCAAUCAAAACUUGAAGACCAGCGUCAGUGAUAUACAGAUCUUUCGCAAAAGCGUCCCGCAAGCGCUGGCUGGUGAAAAUGUAGGCGCCCUGCUCCGUGGCAUCAAAAUUGCAUCCGUGGAGCGCGGCAUGUUGUUAUGCGCAACUGGCUCAGAGGAUAUAUCAAAUCAUUUCGAGGGCUCGAUGUAUUUGUUGUCCCGCGCUGAGGGAGGCCGCUUCAAGCCAAUGUUGUCCAAGUAUAUACAACAGCUAUUCAGUAUGACAUGGAAUCUGCCAGCUCGCAUUGACAUUGUGCCCUGUGAGUCAAUGCUGAUGCCCGGCGAGCAUGGUCAGAUACGUCUUACCUUGCUGCGCAAGAUGGUCAUGACACCCGGUCAAGCGUUCACAAUACGCGAGAAUGGAGCCACUGUGGCAACGGGCAUGAUUACUCGCCGCCUGCCAUCUUUAGAUCUUCCCAAAAAUAAACUAUCCAAAGCGUCGGUUAUUUGCUAACAGCUUUAUUUGAAGCGUUCAUUUCGCCUUUGUACAAAUUCUUCUGUUUAAAUUAAUUGUACAUGUGUAUGUAUUUAAUAUAAAUAUUUAGCAUAUUUCAAACAAAUGCGAACAGUUAAAUUUG